GUCCCGCGACAAGUCUUCCCGUUCCGGCGUACCCUACAGCCUGCUCGCCAAGCUCCCACUCCACAUUUACAGAAUCGCAAACACCACAACCUCCGGGGCUCCGCAUUCAAUUUUUGAGCUGCACGCACAUUAACAUCUACAAAUUCCUCUACCCCUUCUACCUUUUCCGCCCGGCACAGCCCCGCCCUUACACCCCGUCUUAGCUCCAGUGACUUCAACCGCCGUCCACACUCGCCAUCCGAACAUCAUGGCUCGCCGCAACAACCGCAAACUGGCACGCGCACGCCACGACGCCCUUCUCGCCGACGAGCGCGAGCAUCUGGACAAGCGCAAGACGCGUGCCGCUCGCCGUGCGCGCGCUGUGUCCCGCAGGAAGGUAGAAGCUGUUCUCUGCUCUGCAUUUAAUUCGGGGUUCACGGUGGGGGAGGCCAGUUCGUCCGCGCCGAAGCUGGGGACGCCCGUGACAGGGGAAGUGGUGAAGGACGUGAAGAUGAAGCCGGUAGGAAGCAUUUCGAAAAAGGGAAAAGGGGGGAACAAGAAGGCAAAGAGACGCAUGAAGAAGAUUUUGCAACGCCAGUCCGAUAGGAACGCUAUGGUUAUGUAAGGAGGAUGGACUAGGGAUUCAAUGCGCGGUGGGGGGUUGGUGGUUAGCGAUGGCGAAAACUGGAUUGGUCAUGGAUGAAUCGAAAGAAGAGUGCAGGAGAUGUGGGGAUGACCGCGGCGGACGUGUGUUUUUUCUGGAGGCGGCAUUUGUAGAUGUUGCUAUUCCAGCGGUGUUGCUAUUCCAGCAGUACUAGGCACUUGUCACCCUGUUCGAAAAUAGCACGAGUGUUGUCGUUAGUACAGAAACAGUUCGCAGGAAAGAGUGUCUAAGAGGAUUGCGAUAUAAGAAUCAAAGAAAGCGCUGCACUGUUUCACUAUUGUGUGAGGUCGUGCAUCGACGAGCGCACAAAGCUCGACAUUUGCUUGCUGUAAUACCGUGCGGAAGUUUACACUAUCGUUUGCACAGAUAGCACUCGCACGUUCAAACAAGACAAUUGAGGUUACGAAAAAGAUCUUCCCAGAAGAGAGUGCGCUGGAUCCUGGUUAAGUACGAAAGCCUGGAGAUUACUUUUGUUCCAAUUUUGAAUGUGGGGUCAAGAUAGCGACUAGGAACGUAAGUCGUUCCUUCAACUCAAU